AUGUCUCUCAGAAGGUAUAUUUUAGCAAAAGUGACGUUUCUAAUAGGAAUCUCUGUCACAUGUGGAUACGUGGAUUUGUCCAGAAAGAAAGCAACGAGUCAGACUUUAACAUGGCCCUGCAAUCGUGACGACUGUAAAAACCAAUAUAUCGCAGGGAAUGCAGUGGAUAGAGAUGAAGGCACUUGUACUAGAAACAGUGUAAUAGGAGGAAGUGGUACAGCUGAAAAGAAAGUGAGAUGGAAGGUGGAUUUGGGUGCUAUUUACAGUAUAUACAGCAUAAAUAUACUGUUUAAGGACAUUUCUGGUUACAAGGCUCGACAAAGAGGCCGCUUUGCUGGAUUUUCACUGUACUUAUCAGAGUCUAUAAAAAGAGACAACGAAUCACGUUGCUACAAAGACGGACCAGAGUUACCUCCAUUGAAUUUUACGACAACUUGUACCGGAUACGGACGUUAUGUCAUCUUUUACAAUGAACGAUUUGAUAAUGCUACUUAUCCUGAAAGAUACGAAAUCCAGUCAUACACUGAGUUGUGCGAAGUGAUAGUAAAAGGGUGUAAUGAAACCUUUUAUGGGAUGAAUUGUGAAAGACAGUGUUCUAUCAACUGUGAAAAUCAAAGAUGUAAUAUCGUAAAUGGAACAUGCCUGAGAUGUAGGCCUGGGUGGACUGGAAAAUUAUGCAAAACUGAGUGUACAAAGGGAUGGUAUGGGCUUGGUUGUGAACAACAGUGCUCCAACCAUUGCAUAAAAAACGAAGUCUGUAAUCACGUGACCGGUCGUUGUGACAAUGGGUGUGCUGAUGGAUGGAUAGGAAAGAAUUGUGAAGAAUCAUGUAAAGAUGGAAACUAUGGUCCUGGCUGUGUAUAUAACUGCAGUGGUCACUGUCUCAAUGAUGUCCACUGUAACAAACAAACUGGAUACUGUGGCAUGGGAUGUAAACCUGGAUAUACAGGGAACAUAUGCGAUGCAGAUAGCAACCUAAAUAAUGAAGAAUUUAUUCAAAACUCAAAAGACAAAUAUGAUGCUAAUGCUGAUGAGACUGCCAAAAGAGGCCCCCCGACGAACAAAUGUAUACCAGUGAAUAAUUUACAGGCCAUCAUAUCUAAAAUGUCUGCAAACGAGGAUGCUGGCUUUCAAUAUGAAUAUCAGGAUAUCCCAAAAGGUGAACACCAUCCCUGUGAAGUAGCAAAUCGACCAGAAAAUAAAUCUAAAAAUAGAUACAAAACGACUUUUCCGUAUGACCAUUCCCGAGUUGUAUUGAACACCUCAUCUCCGAGUGAAGGGGAUUACAUUAAUGCUAAUUAUAUAGAAGAUGUUCAGGGAAAACGCUCCUACAUUGCCACGCAAGGUCCUAAGCCAAAGACGAUUGCUGAUUUCUGGAAAAUGAUUUGGCAGGAGGAUGUAUCCAUUAUAGUUUGUCUGACCAAUCUCAAAGAAGGGGCAAAGAACAAGUGCAACCAGUAUUGGCCAAACAUUAACGACAAAUUACAGAGUGGAGGUUUUAAUAUCAGAAACAUGGAAGAAAAGGUGUAUGCGAAUUAUACUAAAAGACGCUUUAAGGUCCACAAACACUUGGAGCAAAAGGAUAGAGAGGUGGUGAUGUUUCACUAUACAAGAUGGCCGGACCAUGGAGUCCCCGAUCCACUCAGUCUCGUCGUAUUCCAUCGUCACGUGAUGAGAAUGUCCUCUAAAUACCCAGGAAAAUACAUUGCUGUGCACUGCAGUGCUGGCAUCGGUAGAACAGGAACAUACAUAGCUUUAGACGCCCUCUAUUGGGAAGGGGAGAGAAAUGGUAAAGUAAAUGUACCGAUGUACGUCAGAACCAUGAGAAAGGACAGAAUGAACAUGAUACAAGGCGAUGAACAAUACAAGACUGUCUAUUUGGUACUUUACGAAUCGUUCGUUGGGAAAUCAAGAUGCAUGACAACAGAAGAAAUUUUACAAGGAUAUCAAGAUAAAUCUUGUUACGCCAAUUGUGGAGAGGUUUCAUCAAACCCUCUGUCUUCAGACUUUGAGGAGUUGCUAUCUCUUAGAAAAACUUAUACAGAUGUGGAGCAUGAAUCCGGAAGUACUAAUAUAGAAGCCAACUACACAAAGGAUAUCCUUCCUGUGGAAGAAUUCAUGUGCCGGUUAACAUAUACAAAAGGGAGAUCAACAUAUUACAACGCUGUUUUUCUCCAGUCUUACAAAGAACACGAUAGCCUUAUCAGUGCCCAGUAUCCACUACGAGACUACACUGAAGACUUUCUAAGACUGGUGAAGGAUAUGAAUGUCAGUGUGGUUGUCUUCCUUUGUCCAUUACCUGAUUUGGAAUCCUCUUCUCUUUGGUUCCCAUCCAAAAACAUGGAGAAAACUGUUGGAAGUUUUACAAUAACGCUAACUUCUUGUGAAGAUUCGGCGAAUGUUUCCAAGACAAAUAUACUUAUUAAACCAAAGGGAUCCAGCUCAAUGAGGGUAACUGUGCUGGAAUGCCAAAAAUGGAAAGAGGGACAAUCUAUUGCAGAUAAAAGGGACUUAGUGGAUAUUGUCAAGGCGGCAAAGAGUGAAAACUUUGAUCAUGGGAACAGACUUCUCAUACUCUCCAGUGAUGGUGCCACACGUUGUGGAGCAUUCUGUGUGGUGUAUAACGCCCUCGAACAACUCUCAAUGGAUCAGGAAGUGGACAUCUUCACCAUCACAAGGCAACUUCAGAUCCGUAGACCAGAGUUUGUGUCUACCUUGGAGGAAUAUCAGCUUUGUCAUGAGGCUAUAGCAGAAUAUUUGAGAAACGAUAGUGUAUACGCAAAUUUCUAGUCUAAGGGAGAUUACCAUAACAGGUCAUUAUACAACGUUUACUAAAGACAAUAUAUACGUUUUUCCUUUAGUUUUGUUUCUUUUUUUAUUUAAUGUGUUUUUUAGUUAUAGUACUAUUAUUUAUUGUGAGUUCUGGGUGAAAGAGAGAUGAAGAAUGAGAAUCUUCAUUGAAUUUAGAUUUAUUUUCUACUGAAUUGCAACUCAAUUUUAUUUUCAUUUUUUUCCCGAUCUUAUGUUCGUUUUAUUUUGCCUUGAAAUCAAAUCUGCAUUUUUUCAAAUUAUAUUAUUAUCUUGAA